AUGCCGCUGUACGAGGGUCUGGGAAGCGGCGGGGAGAAAACGGCGGUCGUGAUAGACCUGGGAGAGGCUUUUACCAAGUGUGGAUUUGCUGGAGAAACUGGUCCAAGAUGUAUAAUUCCCAGUGUGAUUAAAAAAGCUGGCAUGCCUAAGCCUAUCAAAGUUGUACAAUAUAACAUCAACACAGAAGAACUAUAUUCCUACCUAAAGGAAUUCAUCCAUAUACUGUAUUUCAGGCAUCUAUUGGUGAAUCCCAGAGACCGCAGAGUCGUGGUUAUCGAGUCUGUAUUAUGUCCUUCCCACUUCAGAGAGACACUCACUCGUGUUCUUUUCAAGUAUUUUGAGGUUCCGUCUGUCUUGCUUGCUCCAAGUCAUCUAAUGGCCCUUCUUACACUUGGGAUAAACUCUGCCAUGGUCCUGGAUUGUGGAUAUAGGGAGAGCCUGGUGUUACCUAUAUAUGAAGGAAUCCCAGUACUGAAUUGUUGGGGAGCACUCCCCUUAGGAGGAAAAGCUCUUCACAAGGAGUUGGAAACUCAACUGUUGGAACAAUGUACUGUUGACACAGGUGCUGCUAAAGAACAGAGCCUUCCCUCUGUGAUGGGUUCAAUUCCAGAAGGUUUCUUGGAGGACAUUAAAGUGCGCACUUGCUUUGUUAGUGAUCUGAAGCGUGGACUGAAUAUCCAGGCAGCAAAAUUUAAUAUUGAUGGGAACACUGAGCGUCCCUCACCACCCCCAAAUGUUGACUACCCAUUAGAUGGAGAGAAGAUUUUACAUGUCCUUGGAUCAAUCAGAGAUUCUGUUGUGGAAAUUCUUUUUGAGCAAGAUAAUGAAGAGAAAUCAGUUGCCACUUUAAUAUUGGAUUCCCUUAUGCAGUGCCCAAUAGACACCAGGAAGCAGCUAGCAGAGAAUUUGGUAGUCAUAGGUGGCACGUCUAUGUUGCCAGGUUUCCUUCACAGACUACUUGCAGAAAUAAGGUAUUUGGUAGAAAAACCAAAAUAUAAAAAAACUCUUGCCACCAAGACAUUCCGGAUUCAUACUCCACCUGCAAAGGCUAAUUGUGUAGCAUGGCUGGGAGGAGCUAUUUUUGGAGCACUGCAAGACAUACUUGGGAGCCGUUCAGUCUCAAAGGAUUAUUAUAACCAGACAGGCCGUAUACCUGAUUGGUGUUCUCUUAAUAAUCCACCUUUAGAAAUGAUGUUCGAUGUUGGGAAGAGUCAGCCACCUCUGAUGAAGAGAGCAUUUUCCACUGAGAAGUGA